AUGGAAGAACAUAUAGAUUUAUCAUAUCUGGACCGCGAAGAUGUAGAUGAUGAUGUGGUUGGUGUAGACUUCAAGAUUAUAGGAAUGAUACGUCAACACUUACAAAUAACCACAUCACUAGCGGCAAUCACAAUGUUAUGCAUUGUUGGACACGCAUUGAGUAUCUUGAAUAUGUACUCCACUGAUUCCAGUAGUGUAAGCAAUUACCUACCUGAUAGAGACCGUCGUAGGGAGCAGUUAAUGUCAUAUCUUGUGCAUACUCAUCGGUGCCGCGACAUUAUUAGGAUGGGUCCAGAGGCAUUUAUUAAUCUUUGUGAGAGAGUAAGAUCAACUGGGUUAGUCAAGGACGCAAUUCGGUCGACCGUGGAGGAACAAGUUGCUGAAUUUCUUCAUAUAAUUGGUCAUAAUGUUAAGAAUCGUAGUGUGGCAUUUUUCUUUCAUCGAUCAGGUUCGACAGUUAGCAAACACUUUCACAAUGUGUUGGACGCUAUCAUAAGUUUAGAAUCAGAAUUUCUAAUACAACCAUCAGGAAAUGAGGUUCAUCCAUAUGUGUUGAACAACAGUCGUUUUUAUCCGUACUUUAAGGAUUGUUUGGGGGCCAUAGACGGUACUCAUGUUAGGGUAAGGGUUCCAAGUUUCGAAGCUCCGAGAUUUCGAGGAAGAAAAGAUUGGCCAACACAAAAUGUCUUUGCGGCGUGUGAUUUUGACAUGAAAUUCACCUACGUUCUGGCUGGAUGGGAAGGCACUGCAUCCGAUUCAAGAAUAUUAAAAAAUGCUCUUGAUCGGGAUGAUCCGUUGGUUAUCCCCCAAGGAAAAUACUACCUAGGUGAUGCAGGUUUCAUGUUGAAAAGCACAAUUUUGACUCCAUAUAGAGGCGUCAGAUAUCACUUAAAAGAAUAUACACGCAGAGGACCACAAAAUGCACGGGAGUUGUUCAAUCAUCGACACUCGUCGUUGAGAAAUGUAAUCGAAAGAACUUUUGGGGUGUUGAAAAAAAGAUUCCCUAUCAUUGGAAGUGGCACUGAACCACACUAUGGAUUAGAGACGAUGACUAAUAUCAUACUAGCUUGUUGUAUAUUACACAACUUCCUUCGGGGCGUAGAUAACGAUGACUCCUUACUCGAUGAAGUUGAUAACGAGUUGAAUGAAAGGGAAGAACAUGAUGGGACUUCAUCUCAAGUUAGAGAAGAGGACCAUAGGAUUGGAAGUAGUAUUAGAGAUUGUAUAGCUGAUCAAAUGUGGCAUGAAUACCAAGCAUCGUAG